AUGCAAGAUGUGACAGUUAAAGAAUUGAAUAAAUGGAUCUUCCAGGAGGAGUUGAGAUGGUUGCAUGGGUUUCCUGUGGAGACCAGCAAGGUGGAGAGUGAUGAUGUGCUGGAAAACCUGGCUAAAGAAAUUCUUACAAAAGAAUCAAACGUGCAAGAGGUACGUUGCCCUGUCACCGUCUGUGGGGAUGUCCACGGUCAAUUCCAUGAUCUUAUGGAACUCUUUAGAAUUGGUGGGAAAUCGCCAGACACAAAUUACCUGUUCAUGGGAGACUACGUGGACAGAGGCUAUUACUCGGUGGAAACGGUGACUCUUCUAGUAGCGUUGAAGGUGCGUUACCCAGAGCGCAUUACAAUACUGAGGGGCAAUCACGAAAGCAGACAAAUUACACAAGUGUACGGCUUCUAUGACGAAUGUCUGCGAAAGUACGGCAACGCCAAUGUCUGGAAGUAUUUCACAGAUCUGUUUGACUAUCUUCCACUUACAGCUCUAGUAGACGGCCAGAUAUUCUGUCUCCAUGGCGGCCUCUCUCCAUCCAUAGAUACACUGGAUCAUAUCAGGGCUCUGGACCGCCUGCAGGAAGUUCCACACGAGGGUCCGAUGUGUGAUCUGUUAUGGUCGGAUCCGGAUGAUCGUGGCGGCUGGGGAAUAUCUCCACGUGGUGCUGGCUACACGUUUGGGCAAGAUAUUUCCGAAACAUUUAACCAUGCCAAUGGUCUUACACUGGUCUCCCGCGCUCACCAACUUGUCAUGGAGGGUUAUAACUGGUGCCACGACCGAAAUGUGGUUACCAUUUUCAGCGCACCCAAUUACUGCUAUCGCUGUGGGAACCAGGCUGCUAUCAUGGAACUAGAUGACACUUUAAAAUAUUCCUUCCUUCAGUUUGACCCAGCACCUCGUCGUGGAGAGCCUCAUGUUACCCGCCGUACCCCAGACUAUUUCCUAUAAACCUCUCCUAACCUUUGUAGAAAGAAGUACACCUGGCAUUUUAAAAGAGCAACAAUAUUUACACGUUUCUGUAAGAAAUCGGGGUUCGUCUCAACUUUAAAAUCCCCAUCAUGGACCAAAACGUGCCAUACAGAGGACGAAGAGUGUUGAGCACAACUUGAGACUGAAUUCCUUACAACACUACGUAUAUAUCCUAUACCCACCAGUCCAACAGUCAGUUUGCCUGCUGUAUUCGUAGUCAUUGUUUUUUCUUCCGGACUGUUCAGAGAGGAAAAAGUAACUCUAAUAACACUUCCAUCUCCUUUGGCGCUUCUUUGUAAAUUUUUAGUUCUAGUGUUUAAUGGGCAUGAAGUAGAGUUUGGAGUUUAUUCCCAAGGGAAAUGCACACUAACUGCUUCCCCCACCGCUCUUUUAUUUUAUUCAAAAGACCUGAUCGACUUAACUGGAGAACAAAAGCGAUUCCUGCUUGGGAGUACGGUGUCAUAACCCAGAUUAAAAAAAAAGCGUUCCCUUUUUAGCUCGAUUCCCCUUCUGUCUUGCUCCUGCCUUUUGUUUUUUGUGUUUUUUUUUUUUUUUUAAGUUUUUGUUGGUUUCCCCCCUCUCCCCUCUGUAUAUUUCUCCCGGAGCCGCUUGCACCCCCUCCUCGCUGUACCCCCACCAAUAAAUUGCCGUUGUCAGCCCCA